GGGUUUUCCAAAUAGGAUCGGAAGGGGUCUGCUCGACAAAGAUAGCGAAAGUGUCGCAGAUUCUCGAUAAUCCGGCGAGAAAUCAGGAACUGAGAAGGCUGUCUUCUUCUUCUUCAAGGUCUAGCUGUUCUUUGUUUUCUUUUUGUAUGAGCUUAUCGAAUUUGUUGUUAGUUAUACUCGCUGCUUUAUGAAUCUUAUCUUAUCAAACCCUACUAUGAUGGACCCAAAACUACUUAUUUCAUCACAAGGAACCACUCUUUCAGCUUCUUCGCCCCUUUUUCCCUCUUGCUCGUUCUCUUCUCGCUGCAAGCUCUUCAACUCCGCAACAACCCCACUCUCAUGUCCCAUUUUAUCGUCCAGAAACACCUCAUUCUUUGGCCGAAAUUCCAUCUUGGGAGAGAAGAGGCCUCAAUUUCAGGUGCAGGGAGAUAAAAAAUGGACCUUUUUUCCCAUAAAAGCUGCUGUUAAGUGGAGGAAAGAGGUUCCUUUCGAUAGCGUUAUCCAGCGGGAUAAGAAGCUGAAGCUGGUACUGAAGAUCAGGAGCAUUCUUGUGAACCAGCCCGAUAGGAUAAUGAGUCUUAAAAAUCUGGGUAAGUUCAGAAGAGAUCUUGGUCUGACCAGAAAGCGUAGAUUCAUUGCUCUUUUGAAGAGAUUUCCGGGUGUUUUUGAAAUUGUUGAGGAAGGAGUUUACUCUCUCAAGUUCAGGAUGACGCCUGAAGCUGAACGUGUCUAUUUGGAGGAGUUGAGGAUCAGGAAUGAGAUGGAAGAGUCCGGUAUUGUGAAGCUAAGGAAAUUGUUAAUGAUGUCACUAGACAAGAGAAUUCUCCUGGAGAAGAUCACACAUUUAAAGACUGAUCUGGGUCUUCCAUCUGAAUUUAAGGAAACAAUUUGUCAGAGGUAUCCUCAGUAUUUUAAGAUGGUGUUCACUGAUCGUGGUCCAGCUCUGGAGUUGACUCUUUGGGAUCCUGCUUUGGCAAUCUCAGCUGCUGAGGUUGCUGAAGAAGAGAAUAGGAUUAGGGAGAUGGAGGAGAGAAACUUAAUUAUGGAGAGGACUCCUAAGUUCAGAAUUGUAAAACUGCCAAGAGGUUUAAAUCUUUCCAGGGGUGAGACGAGGAGAAUUUCUCAAUUCAGGGAAAUGCCUUAUAUAUCUCCUUACUCAGACUUUUCACAACUGAGAUCUGGUACCGCUGAGAAAGAAAAACAUGCAUGUGGCGUGGUACAUGAAAUACUAAGUCUCACACUUGAGAAGAGGACACUAGUAGAUCAUUUGACCCACUUCAGGGAAGAAUUCAAAUUCUCCCAGCAGUUGAGGGGAAUGCUGAUCAGGCACCCGGAUAUGUUUUACGUGUCGUUGAAGGGGGAAAGGGAUUCUGUUUUUCUUCGUGAAGCCUAUCGCGGAUCACAGUUGGUUGAGAAGCAUAGAUUAUUGCUGCUCAAGGAAAAGAUGCGUGCUCUUGUCGCUGUUCCAAGAUUCUCAAGAACCCCAGGAUCGAAGGUUGCUAACCAAGAAAAAAAAGUGCCAUUGGAGGAAGCUGGUGGUGAAGAUGAUUCUAAAGGAUGGUCUGAUGUGGAUGACAUCUUAGCAGAGGCUAAUGAGUCAGGAGAUGAUUUUGAUGAAGAUGAUUGGAGUGAUGAAGAAGAUGAAACCCCUCCAGAUUUUGAUGAUGGUGAUAAAUUAAGUUUAAAUAGAAAGGAAGUGCAAGUUGAUGGUGCUUCCAAAAUAUUUAAAGACAGAGAAUUUAUUCCUACAUUUCUGGAUGGCACUCCUAGAGAACGCUGGUGAUUGUUAUUUAAAAUAUAUUUCUUAAAGGCUUGAACAAUGGCCCUAUGAGAGAGGAAAAAAAGGGAAGGUGCAAUUUUUUGUAUGAGCGCUCACUAGCAUAUGUAAGUAUCACCUUUAGUCAUACUGACUUUGUUAUUGAAUCACUUGCACUCAUUUAUAAAAUUUGAAAUCUUUGGACUUAA